CAAUAAUUAUUUCCCAUCUUGUUUGUUUUGUUGUUGAUCCUCCAACAGGUUACACUCUGGUUUUGUUUAUACUUUGUACGCAUGGCUACAGGGCUUCAAGGAUCCCACGCAUGCGCUGUGCGCAACAUCCGGGUCCUUGGAUAAGGAUGAACGCCAACUUCCAAGAUGGCAGCGGAGGGAGGAGGGAAGGAGACGAACGAAAUUAAAACUCAGUUUACCACCCGGGAAGGCGUCUACAAGCUCCUCACGCACUCCGAGUACAGCCGCCCGAACCGGGUGCCCUUCAACUCGCAGGGCUCCAACCCCGUCAAGGUCUCCUUCGUCAACGUGAACGACCAGUCCGGAAACGGGGACAGGAUUUGUUUUAAUGUGGGCCGGGAGCUGUACUUUUAUAUCUACAAAGGCGUGAGAAAGGCUGCUGAUCUUAGUAAGCCCAUCGACAAGAGGAUCUACAAAGGCACGCAGCCUACAUGUCACGACUUCAACCCGCUCACAGCGACAGCAGAGAGCGUCUCCCUGCUGGUGGGCUUCUCAGCAGGCCAGGUGCAGCUUAUAGACCCAAUCAAGAAAGAAACCAGCAAACUCUUUAAUGAGGAGAGACUUAUUGACAAAUCAAGAGUAACGUGUGUACGAUGGGUUCCCGGUUCAGAGAGCUUAUUCCUGGUGGCUCACUCCAGUGGCAGCAUGUACCUGUACAACAUGGAAAACACCUGUGGCACCACAGCACCUCACUACCAGCUCCUCAAGCAGGGUGAAAACUACGCGGUGCACACUUGCAAGAGCAAGUCGGCUCGUAACCCGCUGCUGCGCUGGACGGUGGGCGAGGGGGCGCUCAACGAGUUUGCCUUCUCCCCGGAUGGCAAGUUUCUGGCCUGCGCAAGUCAGGAUGGCUUUCUGCGAGUGUUCGGCUUCGAUGCUGCAGAGCUCCAUGGAACAAUGAAGAGCUACUUUGGCGGCUUGCUGUGCGUGUGCUGGAGCCCCGACGGGCGGUACAUCGUGGCGGGAGGAGAGGACGACUUGGUGACUGUGUGGUCCUUCACAGACUGCAAAGUCAUAGCACGAGGACACGGUCAUAAGUCAUGGGUGAGUGUAGUGGCGUUUGACCACUGCACUACGAGCGUUGAAGACGGAGACCCGCCUGCUGAGUUCAGCGGGAGCGAUGAGGACUUCCAUGAGCAGAUUCAUUUUGGGGCGGGAAGAGACAGAGCCAACAGCUCUCACUCUCGGCUCUCUAAGAGAAACUCUACAGACAGUAGGCCUGUCAGUGUGACCUACAGGUUUGGCUCAGUGGGGCAGGAUACUCAGCUGUGUCUGUGGGAUCUUACAGAGGACAUUUUUUUCCCUCACCUCCCUUUGUCGCGCACUAGGACUCAGACUAAUGUGAUGAAUGCCUCAAGCUCUCCAGCCACUGGACAAACGAUUACUACUGUAUCAAUCACCACCACCAAUUCCAGUGGUACUAAUGGUAAAGACAACGUGAGCAAUAGUAGCAGCAGUGGCAACCCAGCUAAUUCCCUCCCCGGCUCACUGCCUCGGUCUAAUAGCUUGCCUCACUCGACCAAUCCAGCAGUGGGCAGCACCCCCAACAGCCACACGGGCAGCAGCUGCAGCAGCAGCGGCAGCAGCACCAAGGGCAACAACAUCAUCGACAGCGCUUUCAUCACCAACAGCGUCAGCAAGUUUGCGUCGUUGUCCUUGCACGACUCACGGAAGGAACGCCACGAGAAGGACCACAAGCGCAACUUCAGCAUGGGUCAGAUCAGCAACAAGAGCAGCGACAAGCUCAACCAGCUCAGCUCUUCGCGGACGGCAAAAGCCGAGGCAGCUAAGACUCUGGGCACGACGCAGUGCCCUCGCAUGGAGGAGGUGCCGCUUUUAGAACCACUGGUGUGCAAGAAGAUUGCCCACGAGAGACUCACUGUGUUAAUCUUCCUGGAGGACUGUCUGGUAACAGCUUGUCAGGAGGGUUUUGUUUGCACAUGGGCCAGGCCUGGGAAAGUGGGGUUAUUGUCAUCUCAGAACAACCCUGCUAACUCCCCCAGUGGAACAGUAGUAUAGCCCCAGUGCUGGCGCUGCUGCUGAUGAGUGCUCCACACAUCUGAGAUGAGGAAGAUCAAGGCCCUGCAGUGCUUCUCUUCACACACUGUCACACAGCACACAACCUCCAGUGUCACCGUCAGUCCCAUCAGUAAAGCACCCCCGCCCCGACUUCAUGUUCAUCGUUUUAAGGAAGCUGAUUCUGACCAAGCCAGGGUCGGACAUAAGAUCCCUUCCAAAGGACGAGGAUUCAAAGGGUGCACAUUAAACGUCUGUGGGAAUGUCUGAUUGGCUCGCUGCUACAACUAUGAUAUCAAACUGUGUCUAGUCUGAAGUGAACAAACUUUGUUACCCAAUCUCUUGUGCCUGUAGAUCCUUAAAGACUAGCCAGUGUGUUUAUGAUGCCUCUACUUAACCCUUUGUUGUGUUUACUUCAAUCCUUUGAGUGUUUUUGUGAAUUCAGUAAUAAGGGGGAAAGGUAGGAUUGUUUUGGAGCAGCAAAAUACCCUCGGAACCAUUAAACAAACCCUUCCUUGGUGAUUCCAUUUGCAUCCACAGUCCUCAAACUUGUGAGGGAUGGCUCUGUACUUCCCUUAGAAAUAUUAGAAGCUAAGGUGUCACACUUAAAGUGAAUUUUGCACAUAUUUCCUUUUAUAUUUCCCCCUAUUUUGAAUUUGUUGGUGAAACAUGAGUGCAAUGUUCUGACGUUAGCUUUGGAAGCACUUGAAGGAAAAAAAUGCUUGUUCUGUCUAAACGCUGGAUGGUUAGAGUUAAUAGUUUGUUAGAAGAGAAAGACUUGUUGGUUUUCAAGUGUGUGACUCUUUAAGAAAAGUUGAGAAAAGAAAAAAAACCUUUGUAUCUACUGAACAUUUAUUUUAAAGUUUCUGAAUGAAAUUGGUACUGUACUAUAUGUAAAUACUUUGAUUUAUGGGUGUAAAGAUCAUUAUUCUUAGUUCCAAGAGCCUCAUUUCAUAAAAUAGUGAUAUUUCUUAUACAGAAAGUCUAAUAUUAAAAAUGAAUCUUGAAUAUGCAGGUGAACACAUUUCUUUUCUGUUGUACAAAAAGAGAAUUCAGGUGUAUUUUUUAACGAAUGAAGCGUUUGGUAUUUGGAGUCUUAGAAAACCCUAUAGCAGGUAGUGCUGUGUGCUUGCUAACCUGUCGCUGCAGGUUUCAUGACAGACAGGCAAACGCAGCCGUCACUUCAAGCUCAGGUAAACCACAGAAAGACGAUCCCUGGUAUACUCCCCCGCCCCUUAUUUCUCUUCUCGCUUGUAGWCUCUGGUCCCUACCCAUCAACUUGUGAUUUAGCUUAAACAAGACUGACAGAUGUGUUUUGUAGACCGGGGUUGAAGCUUGCUACUCCCUUGUUACUGUUUGUUCUAAUCUCUGAACUGACGCUGAACCUGUGAGCAACCCUUUUGACACUGUGUUUGAAUUCCGGCUGACAGAACGUCGGCGUCUGCCGGUGGUGUAUUUGCUUGAGAUGAGGAAGUUUAUCAGGUAUCCAUGUAGGACUGAGGAUUUUCACACUGGAAUCCUUUUUCUUUAUGUGGCACCUAUUAAAACAGCUUUGACAAUA